GAGCUGAUACAAGCUAGUGAUUUAGGCGGAGCACUCGAACACCUUCUUUGAGAUCCACAAGCAGACUCCGGAGAAGAUCGUAUGACAACUCUGAAAUGGCAUCAUCCAUCCAUUGAACGCGCCUCUCUCCGCUAAGUUGUGGUGCCUCACGGCCAGUCAAGGCGUCGAAGCGCUGGAACGCCAUCCACCUCUGCCCCAUGGCAGUCAGAGCACAGAGCGGACCGGAGCUACAGUACUGCGCAACGUGGUGGAAGUCCUCUUCGGAGAACGCCUCCGCAGUUGCACGUGUCUGGAUAUCGUCGAAGUCUUCGAGCGCGCAGAGCUGUAGGAGAAGGACGGGUGUGUUGCUAUGCUGAUCGAACACGGCAAGAGUCGAACACGACGACGAGUGUGGCAGUUUCCAUUCAUGCUGGAUCUGAUAGCCUUGGUCCUGCGGAAACCAAUGCUGCAGGAUUAGUUCCCACAGAAUCAAGUAAUCCGAGCUGGGCCGCCCAUGCGAGAGAUUUGCUGCUACUUCAAGCACUACGUCGGGAUAGUCCGAGCUGGAGGGCCCGGAAGUACACCGGUUGUCCGUACCGAUGUGCAGGACCCUGUGCGGGGAUUCAUCAGCAGACAGGGGUUGAAUAUGAAGGGGACUUACGCGUUACGAUCUUCUGAGGAUUCGGAGGGGAGGUGCAUGGCAGUGGGAAGAAACGAGAUCCACGGAGGGUACUUAUUCUGAUGCUGUGCAUGACGGAUGCUGAGGAUGACUCGCAGACAGUCGACUUGAUUCCCUCCCGUAGAAGCCUCGGCUCAAGACACAACUGCUCACCAUGUGGGCCUCAGCCGCAGUCGAUGAGUUCACGGCCAAGGUUCAAGCUGAUUAUUCCUGAACCGGUCCGGGGUCCGAUGUCAUUGAUCAUAUUGAUGGCUUGCUCAAUAUAGUAACGCUGUGACUCGGUAAAGAUAGGUAUCGAUUAUCUGCUUGACUGCUACUAUCAUACCUGCAUGCCCAAGGUAAUUCUGGUGGGAAUAGGAGGCGCGACUUGCUCUGGAAAGACGACUCUCGCAAAACACCUCAAACUCAUUCUCCCCAACUCAGUUAUUAUACAUCAAGAUGAUUUUGCACCAGUUGAUUCUAUUUCUCCAUGAUCUCAUUGAUAUGAUCUAAUUCGACUUGACAAGCCUCAAGAGCUCGUGCCUAUGCACCCUGUCCAUCAGGUCCAAGACUGGGAUGCAGCUCCCGGCGCUAUAGAAUGGACCCGUUUAAUAGAAUUUUUACGCGAAGUCAAGUCAACAGGCGAAAUCCCUGAAGAUCACCGAAGCCAUGACCACCUCAACGAGCAGAAAGAUCUGCCCAUCCCGGUCGAAGUUCGGGAUCACUGGUCGUCAGUGUUCGCGAAGCUGCGGGACGAGCGCGUCGCGGCCGGUCAGGAAGAGAUCAUCUGGGGCCUGGUAGACGGCUUCCUUUUGUACUGGCAUCCGGAAGUCAUCGACCAAUUGGACGUGCGGAUAUUUCUCCGUGUUCCGCACGAUGUGCUUCGCCAGCGGCGACACGAACGGCACGGAUACCACACGGCAGUUCAAUCCGAUCCAGAAGGCUCGCUAUGGCGCGAUCCGCCCGACUACUGGGAAAACAUCGUAUAUCCGGCCUUUGUCGAAGCGACUCAAGAUGUCUUUGAGAAUCGGGACAUGGAAAACGGAGCACCGUCUAACAAGGUCACGGGGUUGGUUGUUCUCGAGACUCUAGACAUCUCGAUGGGCGAUGCCGUGCGCAAAGCAUGUGAAGUGAUAGCAACAUGUUAGAAAUACGGCUGGACAUAGAGCAUUUAAUCAUCGACUCCCAGUCGGGUCGGCUUGAGGGAUCGCGUCCGGGGAAUUCAGAAAAUCAUGUGGGGCCGCUUCGGCAAAAUCGGCAAUAGCGGCCCGAGACCCAUGUGAAAUUCAAAUACGUGACAUGCGUUUGUGCAUAUAAAGGUGACCAAUAAUCGGCUUCGGGUUAGUCUCUCUAUCCUCUACUACCAUGUCUGUUAUCGUUGUUGGUGGCGGUCUCGCCGGUCUCUCUGCAGCACACACUCUUCUCGAGCGGGGAGCCAAUGUUGUUCUGCUCGACAAGCAGGGUUUAUGGGAGAGCCAGCAAGAAGCUGGUAUUCCAGACAACGCCAAAGUCUUUUUCGAGGACACGAAACGCUCUGCUCGCGAGCUCGCACGGGACGACCUCAUCCGCGUCCUCACGGGCCGUUCGGGCGACGCCGUGAACUGGCUCCAGGCCAAGUUCAACCUCGACUUGUCCAAGGUCGCUCGUCUCGGUGGCCACUCGCAGCCCCGGACCCACCGAGGAGGCGAUGCCCAAUUCCCCGGAAUGGUCAUCACCUACGCCCAGAUGGAGCGCCUGGAAGACCUGGCCGUCAGCAACCCUGAACGGGUCAAAAUCUUCAAGCGGGCGCGCGUGUCCAAGCUCCUGAAGGACGAGUCGGGCUCUGUCACUGGUGUCGAGUACGUGCUGGGUGGCAAGACCGAGACACUGUACGGCCCCGUCAUCCUGGCCACUGGUGGAUACGCUGCCGACUUCACGGAAAACUCCCUCCUCAAGCAGUACCGACCCGAGCUCUGGGAGCUGCCGACCACCAACGGCGACCACUGCACCGGUGAUGGACAGAAGCUCGCCAUGGCCAUUGGCGCGAAGGGCAUCGAUCUUGAGAAGGUGCAAGUCCACCCCACCGGUCUCGUCGACCCCAAAGAGCCCGACGCCAAGGUGAAGUUCCUUGCCGCCGAGGCUCUCCGUGGUGUCGGUGGUCUCUUGCUGGACAACACUGGCUCUCGUUUCGUCGAUGAGCUCCAGCACCGUGACUUCGUCACCGGGAAGAUUUGGGAGAACAAGAAGUACCCCAUCCGCCUCAUCCUUAACGGCCCCGCGUCGAAGGAGAUUGAAUGGCACUGCAAACACUACGUCGGCCGUGGCCUCAUGAAGCGAUUCGAGAGUGGGGAUGCGUUGGCCAAGGAAAUGGGUCUCCCUGCAUCUGUCCUCAAGAAAACGUUCGCAGACUACAACACCUCCGUCCGCACGAAGAAGGAUCCGUUUGGAAAGAAGUUCUUCCAAGGCGAGUGGACGUUCGACGACGUCUUCCACGUUGCCAUCAUGACUCCCGUGCUGCACUACACCAUGGGUGGAUUGGAGAUUGAUGCCGAGUCGCGUGUCAUCGACGGCUCUGGCAAACCCAUCGCUGGUCUGUUCGCUGCGGGUGAGGUUGCCGGUGGUGUGCACGGUGCCAACCGUCUCGGUGGCUCGUCGCUGCUCGGAUGUGUUGUGUUCGGGCGUGUGUCUGGUGACUCUGCCGCAGCCUACAUGCUGCAGUCGGCCACCAAGGCGAUCGAGAAGGCGGGUGGCCGUCUCGGCGCCAUCGCUGGCCAGCUUGGUGCUCCCUCUUCCUCCUCCGCUCCGGCUCCGGCCGCAGCCCCGGCAGCGUCAGCCCCGGCAGCGUCGGCAGCGUCGUCGUCUUCAUCGUCGAAGGAGUACACCAUGGAGGAGGUUGCCAAGCACACUUCGAAGGACGACGUAUGGGUCGCUGUCAACGGUCAGGUGCUCGACGUGACCAAGUUCCUGCCAGACCACCCCGGAGGAGAGAAAGCGAUCAUGCUGUAUGCCGGUCGUGAUGCGACGGAAGAAUUCAACAUGCUCCACGCGCCGCAGGUCAUCCCGCGAUACGCGCCGGAGGUUGUGAUUGGCACGGUGAAGAAAUGAGCGGGCGCAUCCAAAACAGCAUUGUUCCAUCUCUAUUUAUCAUGUGUACAUUUGAGGAUUCAUGCUAGCCAGUAAUACAUUGACUGCCAGAAACCGCG